ACAAAAUGGUCAUUUCCCCAUUUUUAUAUCCGCGAGUUGGGCAGUCGGUAGUUACAACGAAACAUCCAAAAUCUUCAUCUUCUUCUUCUUCUUCUUCUUCUCCAUCGACGAAUAAAUCUCAGCAAUAAACUCAAAGAGAGAGAGAGAGAGAGAGAGAGAGUUGCAGCGACAGAUCUGAUCGUUUUGCCCCAAAUUCCAGACCCCAAAACGAUGUCGUUCGCUCCUCGCCCCUUCCCCAUCCUCCUCCUCUCUCUCCUCACCACCUUCUUCUCUCUCUGCUCCGCCGAGAUCCGGUCCUCCUCUGUCCGAUCCGACUGGCGACCCAUCAUCCCCUUCGACGAGUUCGGAUUCACCCACAAAGGCCGCCUCGAGCUCAACGUCUCCAAAAUCGCCCUCUCGGAUCAACCCAACCCGAAUCCGGACCUCUCCAAAGUCGGGUUCUUUCUCUGUACCCGAGACUCCUUGAUCCAUGUCUCCCAGCAGCUCGAAGAAGGCGAUGUACGGUGCGCGCUAGAUUCGAACCUCGUCAAGCGCGUCUACACCUUCGACUCUCUUAAAGGCGGCCGUGAAUUCUCCACCGUCUUCUCCGAGACCGACGCCGAUCAGUACAUGCUUCUCUUCGCCAACUGCCUUCAGCAGGUCAAGGUCUCCAUGGACGUCAAAUCGGCGAUGUACAACCUCGAAGGGAAGGAAAACCGCCGCGAUUAUCUCUCCGCCGGUAAAACAAUUCUCCCUAGGGUUUACUUCUUCUUCUCUUUAGUCUACGCUGCUCUUGCCGGUUUGUGGAUCUUCGUGCUCUAUAAGAAACGACUUACCGUUUUUGGAAUCCAUUUCUUUAUGCUCGCUGUUAUAAUUCUCAAAACUUUCAACUUGCUCUGUGAGGCUGAGGACAAGUCGUAUAUCAAGCGCACUGGUAGCGCUCAUGGCUGGGAUGUGUUGUUCUACAUCUUCAGCUUCUUAAAGGGUGUCAUGUUGUUCACUCUCAUCGUUCUGAUUGGAACUGGGUGGUCGUUUUUGAAACCCUUUCUGCAAGACAAGGAGAAGAAGGUUUUGAUGAUUGUGAUUCCGCUUCAGGUCGUAGCCAACAUUGCCCAGGUUGUGAUUGACGAGACUGGGCCUUUUGGGCAUGAUUGGGUUACUUGGAAGCAGGUGUUUUUGCUUGUAGAUGUUGUUUGUUGCUGUGCUGUCUUGUUUCCGAUUGUGUGGUCUAUUAAGAACUUGCGUGAGGCUGCUAGGACUGAUGGCAAAGCUGCUGUGAAUUUGAUGAAGUUGACUUUGUUCAGGCAGUACUACAUUGUGGUUAUAUGCUACAUUUACUUUACACGGGUUGUGGUUUAUGCAUUGGAGACUAUCACUUCAUACCGGUACCUUUGGACCAGUGUGGUUGCCGCAGAGUUGGCCACGCUUGCUUUCUACGUGUUUACCGGGUACAAGUUCAAGCCGGAGGCGCACAACCCGUACUUUGUGAUUGAUGAUGAGGAGGAAGAGGCUGCAGCCGAGCAGCUGAAGCUUGAGGAUGAGUUCGAAUUGUGAUUUAGCGUAGAGAGGAAUGAAGAUUGUGCUCUGUAAUCCAAUUGGGAAGACGUCGAGGUAGAGUUUCAACAAUUACAAUGGGGUAUAUUUUGUGUUUUCUUUGUGUCAUGUUGACCUUUUGUUAUAAUUGGAGUUAGUACUUAGUAGGAUAAUGUCACACCCUCAUGAAUUUUUCUGUGAAUUGAAGAAUAUGUGUAAGUACUGAAAGAUAAUGUUUGGAUUAAUUUUUUUUGCAUAAA